AGGCGGGAGAAGCGAGGUCCGAUCGCGAUGAGUGGGCUCGGCCGGCUCUUCGGGAGGGGGAAGAAGGAGAAGGAGCCAACCCCUGAAGAAGCAAUACAGAAACUGAAGGAGACAGAAAAGAUACUGAUCAAGAAACAGGAGUUUCUGGAGCAGAAGAUUCAACAGGAGCUACAAACAGCCAAGAAACAUGGGACCAAGAAUAAGAGAGCUGCCCUGCAGGCUUUACGCAGAAAGAAAAGAUUGGAACAGCAGCUGGCACAAACUGAUGGGACAUUGUCCACCCUGGAGUUUCAACGUGAGGCCAUUGAGAACGCCACCACCAAUGCAGAAGUGCUUCGUACCAUGGAACUUGCUGCCCGAGGCAUGAAGAAAGCCUACCAGGACAUGGACAUUGACAAGGUAGAUGAACUGAUGGCUGACAUCACAGAACAACAGGAGGUGGCUCAGCAGAUCUCAGAUGCCAUUUCUCGGCCUGUGGGCUUUGGAGAUGAUGUGGAUGAGGAUGAAUUGUUGGAAGAGCUAGAGGAGCUAGAGCAGGAGGAUUUAGCCCGGGAGUUGUUAAAUGUGGGCAACAAGGAGGAGGAAUCCCCAGUCAAUUUGCCUAGUGUGCCUUCUACACAUCUGCCUGCAGAACCAGCUCCCAAGGUGGAUGAAGAUGAAGAACUAAAACAGUUGUCUGAGUGGGUGUCCUGAGGCAUGUGGGCUUCCUACUGCUGCCUUCGUUUGUCCCUUUUCCUUAAGUGCCAAGUGCUAAGCUAAAGGAACAUAGCUUUCUGGGGAGGUCCUGCUGAGGUGGCAGUACGACUCUUGUCUGAGGAAAGAGUCCAUUGCCCUCCCAUUCCAGGUUGACCUUUGAGGGAUAUUGCUGCAGAAGGAGCUCCCUUCUCUUUUAAUAGCAGAUACAGUCCCCUUGUUCCCAAUAAAGUUGGGUAGAUGGA